UCAUGGCGACGUUACCGCCGCGGAAAAAUCCAACGAAAAUUUCAAAACAACAUUUAACCCCAUUGCAAACACUUUUACAAUUGGGUUUUCCAAUGCACCGAGCAGAGAGAGCACUGGCUGCUACAGGACAUCGAGGUGUACAACUUGCAUCCGAUUGGCUAGUAGCUCAUGUUAACGACCCUACUUUAGACUCUGAUACUCAUAGACAAUAUGUUUUGUAUGCUUGUCCUACGGGUGAAUUAGCUGGGCAGCUUAUAAAAUUUUGGUCAGAGAGUAAAGAACUUAUAUGGAAUGGAGUGCAUAAUUAUAUGCCACAUAUUACACUUGUGUCAUGCUUUAAAGCACCGGAUGAAUCUAUUGAAGGAUUGGUAAAUGCUCUUGAAACUACAGUUAACCAAAUUGAAUUAACAGAUACUAUUGAGUUAGAAACUUAUAUUUCUCCCAAUUUUAUGGGUCUCUUUGUUAAAGAAGCAAAUGCAGAAUGGCUAAAAGAUAUUGCUAUUCGUUAUGUAAAUAAACUUUCAAGUUUGGGCAUUUCUGCAGAGCCCCAAGUAAAAUCUUUACAUUUAACAUUGGCCUAUCAAUUUCCCAGCAACUUGUAUCAACAAUUGCGUUUGAUGGUAGAAAAAUUGACACUUACUUGUCCAACUAAUUGGGAACUUAGAUUAUAUUCUAGAGAUCCUAGACUACAAAAUGCACAUGUACAUAAAGUGAGAUAUCCUCACAUGCCUAGAGAACAGGAUGAAUUAGAGCUAAGAGUGGGAGAUUACAUUUACAUUCCAGAAGGAGCAUGUAGUGCAUCUACAGAUGGUUGGGUUGAAGGUACCUCUUGGUUAACUGGCAUUUCAGGUCAUUUACCUUUAAACCACACAAAACGUACAGCUGAAUCAGAUUCAUGGACUUUACAUGCUACUGUGCAAAUUACUGACAAUAAAAGUGGAAUUUCAGAAAAAGAAGAAAUACCUUUAACUCGCAAACCACCAGUAGUAUUAUCAAGUGAUUCUAUAGAUAGUCCUGAUGGAGUAGCAGCAACUAAUGAACCAUUUGAGGCUUCUGAAGCACCUCCAAGUUCUCCAAGAGAAAUUUUUAUAUGUCGCCAUGGAGAAAGGGUGGAUUUCACAUUUGGAUCAUGGAUUCGUUAUUGCUUUGAAUCGGACGGAUCUUAUAUUCGUAGAGACUUGAAUCUGCCAAAGGAAAUGCCAUCAAGGAAUAUACAGGAUUUCCGAAAUGAUAGUCCUUUAACAACUGUAGGUGAAGUACAAGCAAGUUUAGUAGGUGAAGCAAUGAAGGCAUCUAGUAUCAAAAUAGAUGUGGCUUUUACAUCACCAUCAUUAAGAUGUAUACAAACAUUGGCUCAUAUUUUAAAAGGACUAGAUAUAAAUAUUCCAAUGAAAAUAGAGCCAGGACUCAUAGAAUGGUUAGAAUGGUAUCCAAAUGGUGUUCCAGUUUGGAUGACAUCUAAAGAAUUAAUAAAAGCAGGUUUUAACAUAGACAAAAGUUAUGAUCCAAUUAUUAAAGCAAAAGAACUUCCAUUGAAAGAGGAUACAGACCAGUAUUAUGAACGGAGUUAUGAACUAAUUAAACGAAUUAUUGAAAAUACAGUAGGAAAUAUUUUAAUAGUAGCUCAUGCUGCUUCUUUGCCAGCAUGUACCAGACAAUUAACAGGUGGAAGAGUACCAGUACCUUCUGAAGUUACUAGAUUAGCUCAAAGAGUACCAUAUUUAGCAUGCUUAACAGCACGCGAAGGUUUGGAUGGUUGGCAACUUCAUCCUCCUCCCUUUCCACCUAUAACCCAUACCAGUAAUUCUAGGUUUGAUUGUAAAGUACUGUUGUAA